GAUGGGAUCAACUUCGUCAUUUCCUUCAUGUAAGUCGCGGCUUGAUGACGCUCCUGCUGUGGCCCAUACUGGUGCAUUCGCUUUUCACAUUUACGGAUGUCAUGAAUCGUUGGGAUCGAAUGUUCCACCACCAUAUUUUCGUCCGCAUUGUCGUCUUCAUUGGCGCAGCUACGUGGCUGAUGAAGGCUUCGUUGACCAUGAACUUUGAGAGAAGCACUAGGGCCCUGAGUCAGUCCUUGGCUGAGACCUUUGAAAACUUUGGGCUGCAAGGAUGGCUGUCAGCGAAAAUAUCCAGAUUUAUCAUCACUGUGAUCACAGGCCUGUCACGCACCACCCUGGCCUUAGCCGCGGUGAACUUCGGAGUGCGGGUGCUGCCGGACUGGUGGUCCCUAGACCUCACCAACUCAGAUCCAUACUUCAAGCUACUGGAUCUCAAUGGUGAUGGAGUGAUUACAGCAAACGAGGUCUAUGGAUAUGUGUUUAAAUUGAGCAACCGCAUUUGGCAAGCCUUGAUGACAUCCAUCGUGGGCUUCAAACUGCUGAGUUUUCUGAAACCUCCAGCGGACAGCAUCUCUUGGAGUGAAGUGAAGGAAAGGGCGAGACCACUGCAAGCCUUGUCCAAGAUCGUCUUCGCCAUGCAAAAUCCACGCAACGCCGAGCUGAGAGUCCUGGCGCGGAGAGUCACCAUGGCCAGUCGCUUUGUGAAUUUCUUGAUCGUCAUGGCAUUUUUCGUCUGGCCCUGGGCCUUUCUCUUCGGUUUACGUCCUCGUUUGAUCUUCGCCUUCGGUGGUGUGGGGGGCUUGGCUGUGGGUCUGGCCGCGCGGAAUGUGGUGGGGAACCUCAUCGCGUCCUUUUUGAUUCAACUGAAUCGGCCCUUUGUGGAAGGGGAUGAGAUUCAGGAUGCCAAGAAAAAUCUCAUUGGAGUGGUGGAGGAGGUGGGGAUCAUCAACACCCACGUGAAUAGCAGGGAAGGUGUGCUGGUGCACGUUCCAAAUCAGACUUUGUUGGAUGACAUUGUGGUGAACAAGUCCAUGAGGGAUUUUCGGCCCAUCGAGGAAUCAGUACACCUAAUUCCCUCAAGCGUCCCGGAUUUGCCCCAGCUGAUCCAAGAAAUUCAAGAAAGGUUGGAAUCAUUUGAAGGUUUACUGCAACAGGACGAUGUUGAACGUUUAAUACGCUUGCGCGGUGGUCGAAUCAAACUCUUUCGGCCUCUAUGCAUGUUUGAUGGCUAUUGUGACCUGGGCUUGAAACUGAAAAUCUAUGCCUUUGCCCGUGGCAGUUUGAGCCGACGCUCCUUUGCCGCUUUGAAAAGCCAAGUGUUGCUGCUGGUUCAUGACUUUCUGACGUCCCGGGGAGUGGAGAUUGGACAUUUGUCCGCAUCUGACAAGCCCAGAAGGAAGAAAUCCAAGAGAACUGAAGCUGAGGAGAAACCUUCUUUAGGACCUUUGGAGGAGGUUCAUCAGCGCUUGUCUGCGAUCGAAACAACUCACAAGAGUGAGCGCGAGGAAGCAGCUGGGGCAGAGAUGGAGAAGAAGCUGGAAAGCAACAAGAAGGAGCUCCACGACCUCGUGACCUCCCUGGAGGAGAAGUUCGGAUCCGGCGACGGCGAGGUCAAGAAGGGCGCAGAGACACAGAUCAUGAAGAAGGUGGCCACCCGCUUGCAAGACUUCGAAUCUCAGAUUACGGCUCAGUUGUCGCAUGUGACCACCGACUUCGACAAGAAGUUGUCCCACGUCCAUCGCUCGUCAGGGACCACCAAGGCCAUCGAUGGCGUGGGCCCUGACACCGGCUUGGACACCAUGGCAGAGGACGUUGACCAACUGAAGUUCGACGUGGGCGAACUGAAAGACCUGUUGACCAACAGCAAAGGUGAGGUGAACCACAUCCGUCGCAUCGUCCUGGCCUGCGAGCGCGACAUGGAAGACUUCACGGCGGCCAUGGACGCGGUGAACGUGGACCUCGACGAGAUGCGGGCGCGCGUGGACGCCACCCACUCCAUCAUCACCUCGCGGCAACGGGUGGAGGCCACCAUGACGGCGGAGAUUUCGACCAUGCGGCUGGAUAUUGGGGAUAUCCAAGAGGCCUUGAAGAACCAUGACAGUUGGAUGGAAGACGUGUCCAAUACCUUGCAACAGAUGCAAGAGAAGGAAGACAACACCACUGAAGAUCUGAUCAAUCUGAAGAACGAGUUCACCACCAAGUUGGACGGCAAAGUGGACAACGUGGCAUGGAAGGAGGCCAAUGACGACUUGGAUGCGGCCAUCAAAACGGUGCGUGACAUGAUCAGCUCGUUGCGGUUGGAUGUGGACGCGCGCCGUCGGAAGGUCGAUGAGAUCCUCUCCACCAUGCGCCAUGAUAUCACCUCGGUUGAAACGAACUUGGAGGAGUCCAAGGCGAAAUUGGCCAUGGACACCGAUCACGCGAUCAAUGCGCUGAAUGGUCGCAUCGACUUCACCAACAAAGACCUCUCGGCCACCCAGGAAAGCCUGCACACUACGCAGAACUCCCUGAGUGACUGCUUCAAUGAGGUGGCGGUGGUGCGAUCGGACUUGGAACGUACCGUGGCUGACACGGAGGCUCGGGUGAAGAACGAUUCGCGUCAAAAGCAGCAAGAAAUCAUGGAGAAGAUUGGGGACGUUGAACAGCAAUCCGAAUUGCGCGCGGCUGAAGCUUCAAGGCGCUUGGGAGCUUUGGAUCUUCGUAUGAGUGGUGUCCAGGGUGGCCUGGGCGAGCAAAAACGUGACAUCCUGAAAAUCCGAGAGGAGGUGAAUGGUCUCACGGUGAAGAGUGCCAGCCAUGAAAUGGAUAUCUCAAAGGUGGGCGAUUCCGUCAAGAAGAUGGAGAAGCAACGCAACCUGGACGCCCAGAACUUAAAAGCGCAGCUGGAUUCCAUCCAUGACGUGCUCGACACCAAGGUCAAUGAGAAGCCUUUUGAGGAUGUGAAGCACUGCAUGUCUUCCCUGACCAAAGGUGUGGUGAAGUUCGCGCAGGUCGUUGGGGUCUUCCCAGGUCCCCGCUUCGAUGAUGCCGAGGGCGAAGCUGGAGAAGCUGAUGUGGAGCUAUUGGGAUGGGAGGAGAGCGCCGAAACCUUCUCCUUCCGCGUGGACAAAGCUUGGCGCCAGCGCUGCUCGCAACGCUUCCGCAAUAUACUGGACAUGAUCGCCAAAAAGGCUGACCACAGCGUGCUGCGCUUGCUUCAGAUCUCUCAACAGCAUAUCGAAUCGCAACUGGAGCGUGUGAAGCACGAAAGGGAGCUGUGGAAGGAAGUGGUGGAACGUCGCCAGCAACAACCUUUGCAACUGGCGCUCUCCAUGAAAGA